UUUUCUCUCUUGUAGGACAACCCCAGCAAUGUGUAGAAGCCUAGGGCUUGCCCUGGCUCUCAGUCUCCUCCAUGUAGGAGGAAUCAGAGAGCCAGGGGCAAAGCACCUGGUGUAAGAAAACCUCCAGACUGGAGGCAUAGGGGAGAGAAACUCCAAUGCUGAACUCCAAUGGUUCAGUGACCUUGGUUGCUCUUCUUCAAGCCAGCUGAACACAUGUGUAUUGUGCAGGCAUCUAGAUUGGAAGACCUGCGAGCCAAGCUGGAGAAAGAAGGAUAUUCUAACAUUUCCUAUGUUGUUGUUAAUCACCAAGGAUUGCAUUCUCGAUUGAAAUACACACAUCUUAAAAAUCAGGUUUCUGAGCAUAUUCCUGUUUAUCAACAAGAAGAAAACCAAACAGAUGUCUGGACUCUCUUAAAUGGAAACAAAGAUGACUUCCUUAUAUAUGACAGAUGUGGUCGUCUUGUAUACCAUAUUGGCUUGCCUUUCUCCUUCUUAACUUUUCCUUAUGUAUAAGAAGGCCCUUAAGAUGGCUUACUGUGAAAACAAAUGUGAAA